AUGUGGCUCGAGAUCGCCCCCCGCCCUCCCCCUGAGGCUCUCAACAAGUACCGAAGGGCCUACUCUCAAAGGAACCAAGAAAUUGAGAAGGGUGGCGAAGCUAACACCGUGAACGUCUUCUCUCAUUCAAUAGCCGAGUGCCCCGAUGUCAGAGUCUCAUCUUUCAUGCUUGAUCAUGCUUUCGAAUUCGCAGUCGAACAGAAUAAGCUCUCCAUGGUGGAAGUGAUGCUGACAACCGGUAAAGAUUUGCUGAGGGAUAUCAACUUGAUAAGAUUCGUGAAGACGCAGUCGAUGUUCAAACUUUUGCUGGCACACGGCGCAGAAGUCUGUUCAAACCCUGCACCUCUCAUACACAGCGUCCGCAACAGGGACUUUGAGUUUACAAGCCUGCUGCUCAGCAGCGGAUAUCGGCCAGAUAUGCAACUCUACAGCGCAACAGAGACGGCAGUUUAUUGGGCCGCGCGCGACGAUGAUGCCGACAUGUUGAAGAAGUUGGCCGAAUACGACGGGUUCGAAGCAGCUGUUACUACCUGGCUCGGUCACGAAAUUGACGAUGAGUGCAUGUGCCGUUACUGUUUACAUGAGCUACCGAUUACUCCAGUGUCUGCAGCGGCCGUUCUUUCGCGCACUACCGACUGCCUGGAGUUUCUGCUCGAUCAUAAUGCGUGGAAGCAUCGGCAGGCAAAUGGUUUUGAGCCCUAUGAAAAUGAUGGCUCUGAUCACAACGUCCCUUGCAACAUGGCCUCUAACAACCUUGCAUCUGACAACAACGACUCUGACAACAACGACUCUGACAACAACGACUCUGACAACGACGACUCUGACAGCAACGACUGA